UCUCAGGACUUGAGGUGACCUGCUGUUUUUAGGACGCUUCAGAGAAGAGAAGAGAAGAAGUGCUGCAGGUUCGACUCGCUUUGAAGUCAUUCAUUAUAAGGGGAAAUCUUCAUCAGGAGAGAAGUGUUGUGUCGCUCCCUGGGCUAAGGGUUUUCUCAGUGAGGAAGGGCGACAGCAGCGCUGGGUUGAGGCACCCAGAGGAGGAGGAGGAGGAGAAGAAGGAGAAGGAGAAGAAGGAGAAGGAGUGCAUGGCUGGGUGAGACGCGGAGAGCCCGGUCCGGCCUCAGCGCUACAUGGAGGAGUUCAGCAGCAGAUAAGCAUGGACGUGGUCGAUGAAACGGAGGCUUUACAGAGGUUCUUUGAAGGUCAUGAUAUUAACAGCUCUUUGGAGCCAACAAACAUUGACACCAGUAUCCUGGAGGAAUACAUCAGCAAAGAGGACGACAGCACAGAUAUCUGUUUUUCUGAAGUCCACAGCGGCCCAGCGCCUAACUACUCCUCCCCCCAGGCCGGAGCGUCCUCCUCUGGGGGGGUGGUGUGUGGCGUGAGCCCCCUUAUCUCCCAGCGCCAGGGUACUCCUCAGUCUGUACCCACAUCGUGCCAGAACCCCUAUCCCCCUCCACCGCCACUCGGCCUUCUCAGACACAGCCAUCCCUGCCAGAGCCACCACCAUCACCAGCCAGUCACACAGCCCCACAUCAAACCUGAGCACUGCGCUCACUACGCAGCCGGAACACUACCCGAGUCUCCACCAGACUCUAGCUCGGAGCCCUACUCCCCCCAGCAAGUGAAUGAUUCGCACAUGCUUCGGACCAUGACGCCUGAGAAUAUGUGUCACAUGACUACUCCGCCACCCCUGCCACCCCACAGCCACUAUCCCAACAUACAUCGGGACAUGUACCUGAAACCCGAGCCCAUGAUUUCACAGUACCCGAUUGGUCCAGCCAGCAGCGGGGGUGGUGAUCUGCAACAGGGUCAGAUGCUCCAUCAACUGCUCCAGCAUCCACAAGGACAAGAUGGUAUACCUAUUCACCAAGCAAAGAAGAGAAAACACUCAGAUUCUCCUAACAGCACUCUCAAUGCUCAGAUCUUGACUGGCAUUAUCAAGCAAGAACCAGGUUUGAUGCAGGACGCCGAGAACUCGUAUUUGGACCCAAACUACCAGUGCAUAAAAUGGCAGCCGCACCAACAGAACAAAUGGACUCCGUUAUAUGAUGCCAAUGGAAAAGAACUCCCGAUGCCCACGUACAGAGUGGAUGCUGACAAAGGUUUUAAUUUUUCUUUGGCUGAUGAUGCGUUCGUGUGUCAGAAAAAGAACCACUUCCAGGUCACUGUGUACAUUGGCAUGUUGGGUGAUCCCAAAUAUGUGAAGACCAGCGAAGGGCUGCAACCGAUUGAAUGCUUCUACCUAAAACUUAAUGGAGUCAAGUUAGAAGCCAUGAACCAGACGAUCAAUGUGGAACAGUCUCAGUCUGACCGCAGCAAGAGGCCAUUUAAGCCUGUACUGGUUACUUUGCCCCCGGAACAAGUAACCAAGGUAACAGUGGGUCGACUGCAUUUCAGUGAGACUACAGCCAAUAAUAUGAGGAAGAAGGGCAAGCCAAACCCUGACCAGAGAUACUUCAUGUUGGUGGUGGCUCUCCAGGCUCAAUCCCACACUCAGAGCCAUACAGUGGCAGCUCAGGUGUCUGAGAGGAUCAUCGUCAGGGUAACCGCUGCGUCUAACCCGGGUCAGUUUGAGAGUGACAGUGAGGUGUUGUGGCAGAGAGGUCAGUUGCCUGAUUCAGUGUACCACCAUGGCCGAGUGGGCAUCAACACCGAUCGACCUGACGAGGCUCUGGUCGUCCAUGGCAACCUGAAGGUCAUGGGUUCCCUGGUACAUCCAUCUGACAUCCGUGCCAAGGAGAAUGUGAAAGAAGUGGACACCACAGACAACCUAAAGCGAAUCUCUCAGAUGCGGCUGGUGCAUUACCAGUAUAAGCCUGAGUUUGCUGCCACUGUGGGCAUUGAGAACACUGCAGAGACUGGAGUUAUAGCCCAGGAAGUCCAGCAGAUCCUUCCAGAAGCUGUGAAAGAUGGCGGAGAUGUAGUUUGUGCCAAUGGAGAGACCAUCCCUAAUUUACUGGUAGUCAACAAGGAUCGCAUUUUUAUGGAGAAUGUCGGAGCAGUGAAAGAGUUGUGUAAACUGACCGAUAAUCUGGAAACUCGAAUCAAUGAACUGGAACGGUGGAGUCGCAAACUUGCUAAACUACGACGCCUUGACAGCAUGAAGAGUACUGUCAGUGGGGGUACAAUUAGCCUAACAGGAAGCUACUUUAGUAGAACAGGAAGUGGUCCACUUAAGAAGAAAGCAGCCAAAGCAGGAAAUAAGAGUGCAGCUCCAGAGCAGGGCUGUUUGAGUCACCGGUUCCUGCAGGGUACCAUACUGGCCCUGGUCAUCAUCAUGGCCUUCAGUGUCAUCUCAAUGUCCAUACUGUAUGUGCUAAACCUGCAUCAGCACAGCAACAUGGCUGAGGCAGAUAGUUCUAUGUCCUCCUGUGUUUUCUCCAUCUCCUGGAUGCGCUUCUUCACUGCCACUGUCACUUUCUGUCCAUCCAUCUGUUUAUGGACUCGCUCUGCUCUUGGCUCAUCUAGUAAAGCAGUUUAUUCACCCCCCAUCUCUACAAUCUCUUCAGACAUAGACAUAGACUCCACCUCUCCAACUCUGCCUAAUCGUCUUAUCUGCUGCCCUCCAACAACUGCCAACAACCAAUCAGCUACUGUCAGCCUGCAGCCAAGCACCAACCAAUCCAUGUCAGACUCCAGUAGUCCUGCUCCCACCAUGGCCAGUAUAAAUAGGAAGGCAAAGUCUCGUGGGUUGGAUAAAGACAGCAGGAGUAGAAACAGGCUGAGUCACACUUCAUCCCCUCUCUCCCUCAGCAAGUCCAAGAAAAUUCCUCUACCCUCAGAUAUGGACACAGGAGGCAACAGUAACCGUCUCCCUGGGCCACGCAGGCAACGCAGCGCACACACUCAGGAUGGACAUUUCCUGCCGUCCCUAAAUGAACUUUACAUCGUCGAAACUAAUCAGGAAUUGAAGACACUGAACUGUGCUUCAUCUCACAGUUGCAGCUACACUGUAUUUCUGCACAGGAGUCAAAAUUCCUCUAUGAGUCACAUCACUCUACAUAUGAGGUUCUCUGAAAUUGUAUGGGUAUGGCAGUGUAGUGUCACUAGAGGGCGUCUUUGCCCAAACCACACAGAGACCGAUUUUUCUGAACGCAAAGGUGCCUUCACAAAGGGGACCAGUCACUUGUGGUCCUUUCCACUGGCAUCAGUCCAAGAUGCCACCUACCAUUUCCGGGUUUCAGUCUAUGGUGAAAUGGGCUGCUCUGGGUCUGAAGAACAGAAGCUGCAGGACACUACACCAUUCAUUGAUUACCAUUUUCUCAUCCAAAGCAGAUGCACUUAAAGGCAUGGGAAUUUGUCAGAACACGUCUCUUCAGGAAGUGCUUUACAAUAACAGACGCCACUGUCAAAACAAAUAUGCCCUAUUACCUCUAAGAAAUAUCUGACUCCAUGACAGGAUUACCCCUCGCUCACUGAUACUGCUGACACCGCAUACGCUAAUAAAGAAGAAAAGUACUAUACUACUUCCCUUGUCGCAAGGGUACAUCUUUUGAACCUUUAAAUUGUGUAUCUUUCACCUAAAAUGAAGUGAAUAUGGUGUACCUUCAAAUGAGUUACAGAAUUAAAGAUCACUACUGUACCUUUAAGAAUGAAAACUAUAAAAGUACAGUACCGUACAUGCAUCUUACCAGGUUUGAGAUACAUACUAGUUGUACAAAAGAUGCGUACCCAUUGACAAUGAAAUGUUUGGUUGAAUGCCUUGUUUUCUUAGAGUGCAAACGAUCUCAUAAUACACUGGUGAUUUGCACACGUUUCCUAGCUGAUACAAGUGUAAUUACAUACCGCAUCGACGAAAAUGACACACAAAGGACAUUUGCUUGUACUGUAACUACCUGGAUAACUGGAUAACUACAUGGAUGAUUUUCCUAAUCAUGAUUUAACUCUGUAUUUGGAACGCAAUACUCACCUUCUCAAAAGGUAUAUUUCUUCUAUUUUUUUUUUUUUUAUGUUUGUGUUUGUUACACUGCAGUCCUUGACUUGCUACAAUUCCUGGUGAAGAAAAGAAAUUAGGUUCAAAAUAUGUUGGGGGUGAAAGCGUUACGUGGUUCAGUAACUACAUUCAGUAGUGAAGAGUAAUAACCGUAACCACUUAAUACAGUAUGAA